UCGGUUCAAGGAGGCCGGAGACGACCCGCGUCACAGCUAGUGGCGAUCGGCAAAGAGACGUCGUCUCUCUUUACCCCUCGAUCGUGAGCGGUUAAUUGCUCCUUCAAGUAAAUUAUCGAAUUCGUGGAUGACAGUUUUCGGUGACACGUCUCAUUGAUCGAGUUAUUUCGCAAGUGAAAAGUAUCGUUGGCAAGAGAAGAGAAAGAAAGAGAGAAAAAGAAAGAGAGAGAGAGAGAUCGGUUGCUCUUUAGGGAUUUCCUGAGAGAAGAAAUGCAGAUCAAGGAUAAACGCGCUAUAGUGACUGGAGCAGCGAGUGAUCUGGGCCUGGCAUUUAGCAGAGAACUGCUGCGAAAUGGUGCCUCGAUGAUAAUUAUGAUCGAUAUCCGGCAGUCGUCUGGAGAAAACGCCGUGGAGAUUCUGAACAGUGAAUUUGGUCGCAAACGUGCUGUAUUCUUACAUUGCGACGUGACAAACAGCUCCAAAGUCGAUGCUGCGUUUAAAGAGGCGAUCAGCAUUCUUGGUGGGCUUGAUAUUUUAAUAAACAAUGCAGGCGUAGUUAACGAAACUGACUUCUCCAAAACCAUCGACGUCAACGUGACGGCUGUAAUUCGCGGAACUCUGCUGGGAAUUCAACAAAUGCGAAAGGAUUCCGGAGGAAAGGGCGGUGUCAUCGUAAAUGUUUCGUCUAUCGCCGGACUACGAGCGCUAUCUGAGCUCCCGGUGUACUCCGCUACGAAGCACGCCGUAGUUAGCUUCAGUCGUUCUUUUGCACAACCCUAUCACUACGGAAGGACCAAUGUCAAAGUAAUCGUGCUGUGUCCCGGUUUGACAGGCACACUGGAAGAUCUGCCCCAAGACAUUUCAGACAGCGAAAUUCUGCAGAAUUAUCGACCGCAGAGGGUGGAGAGCGUUGCUCAUGGACUGGUGUAUGUGAUUCGGUGCGCGCAGAACGGUAGUGUGUGGAUCAGCGAGGACGGGAAGCCGGUUUACGAGGUGCAGCUUCCCGACACGUUGCCGCAGAAGAAAAGCGAUACACUCGACGCGGGAGAAUCAGCCGUGGACCCGAAGCCGGCUGAAAGUUAAAUGUUCGUGAAAUUGAAGCGCGUGUUAGCCAAUUAUGUAAUAAUUAAUAUUAAUUAGACGGAUUGUGUUCGUAUUUCAUAUAAUAAAUUUGUCUGUAACUACAGACAAAUAUAUAUAGAAAACGUAAACACAGAAAAAUAUAUACUGCAUUCGAGUAAACAUUACUUGUUUCAUGUAA